GGUAGGUGUCCACAAUGAAGUUAAAAUGUCAUGAAAUUUUUAUUUCAUGAAACAUUUGUUUCGUGGUGUGUUUUCACAUGGAGGUAAAAAUUUCAUCACUCGCGAUUGUUUGAAAUUUUUGGUUCAUGAGACACGACGUAAAGUGAAACUGCUAUUUCCACAGUGAUUUAGUUUUUGUGCAUGAUACAGUUUAUAAUAAUAGAAGUGAUGGCCACAAGUUGGAGAAGACGAAAAUUUAUGUUGUGAGGUGUUUUAUUUCAACAAUGCCAACAAAAAAAGAUAGAAGAAAGGCAGCAGCUUGUUAUUAUUACCUUGCUGUUAAGUCUCGUUGUACAGAAAAGAAAGGUCUCAUAGAUAUUGGGUGAGAGAUUGGAUUAAAAGAAGAGAGAACAUGAAUAUAAUGGAAAUAUUAUUAAAAGAACUAGAACAGGAAGAUGAGGUAUGUUACAAGAACUUUCUUCGAAUGUCUGCCGCUGAUUUUCGUUAUUUGCUGGACAAAAUAAAAUUUGUAAUAGAGAAACAAAACACACAUAUGCGAAAUUCAAUUCCAGCAGCUGAGCGGCUAGCCAUUACUCUUCGAUUUUUGGCUACCGGAGACAGCUACCAUUCCUUAAUGUAUUUGUUUCGCAUACCUGUAUGUACUAUUUCGCGAAUUAUACCAGAAGUGUGUUCUGCUAUUUACAAUGUUUUAAAGAAGAAUAUCUACAAGUUCCAAGCUCUGAGCAAGAGUGGCUACAAAUUGCACGACAGUUUGAAGAAAAUGGAAUUUCCCACAGUGCAUAGGUGCACUGGACGGCAAACACGUCGCCAUUAAAGCACCUAAACACAGUGGAAGUCUCUUUAUAAUUAC